AUGAACACCGCACGCACACUCACCGCCGCCCUCGCGGCCCUCCUCGCGGCCGGCGCCUCGCUCGCCGCGAGCGACACCGUCGUCCUCAAGGACGGCCGCUCCAUCGUGGCGCCGAUCCUCAAGGAGACGUCCGACAAAAUCUGGCUCGACCUGGGCCACGACGUCGUCGCCGUCCCGUGGGACACCGUCGAGUCCGUCGACCGCGCCGAGGAGGACGCCGCCGCGUUCACCGGCGCCGACGACGACGCCCUGUUCCGCACCGCGACCGGCCUGCCCGAUUCCACCCCGCGCGCCCUCGCCAAGCGCAUCGGCGACGCGGUCAUCAAGGUCUCCACGCCCUCCGGUCUCGGCUCCGGGUUCAUCAUCCACCCCGAGGGCUACGCCAUCACCAACGCCCACGUCGUCCAGGGCGAGACCAAGCUCAAGGCCACCAUCUUCGAGGAGACCGACCGCGAGUUCCGGCGCGAGGUCAUCGACGACGUCGAGAUCCUCGCCGUGAACAACCACGUCGACCUCGCCCUCAUCAAGGUCCCCCUCGGGGACCGCGAGAAGUUCCCCUUCGUCUACGUCCAGGGCGCCGAGUCGCUCGAGGCCGGGCAGGAGACCUUCGCCAUCGGCAACCCCCUCGGGCUCGAGCGCACGCUCUCCCGGGGCGUCAUCGCGACCACGCAGCGCGCCUUCCAGGGCCUCGCCUUCAUCCAGACCACCGCCCAGAUCAACCCCGGCAACUCCGGCGGCCCGCUCUUCAACCUCAAGGGCGAGGUCAUCGGCGUGACCAACAUGGGCAUCCCCGCCGGCGAGGGCCUCGGCUUCGCCAUCCCCGCCCGCUACGUCCGCGACUUCCUCAACAACUACGAGGGCUUCGCCUACGACAAGGACAACCCCAACUCCGGCUACAACUACCAGGAAGCCCCCCCGCGCUCCGAGUACGGCACCCCCGCCGUCCUCGACGACGCCACCGGCAAUCAAUAA